GAGAGAGAGAGAGAGAGAGAGAGAGAGAGAGAGAGAGAGAGAGAGUCUCCGGAGUCUUAUUUCUAACAAAUUUUAUUUAUUUUUCUAGUGUUUAACUUUAACUUUAUUGCUAUUCUUUAUUAUGGGUAACUUUUUCACCACCCUCUUAUUCCGCCUCAGAGAGAACAGACCAGUCAGAAUACUGAUGGUUGGUCUGGAUGCAGCCGGGAAGACUACAGUCCUCUACAAACUCAAACUGGGGGAAGUCGUCACAACCAUUCCUACUCUCGGCUUUAACGUUGAGAAGGUUGACUACAAGAACAUCUCCUUCACCGUGUGGGACGUCGGAGGACAGGACGUCAUCAGACGGCUCUGGAGACACUACUAUCAGAACACCAUGGGCCUCAUCUUUGUAGUGGACAGCAGUGACCGUGAGCGCAUCCAAGAUGCCGCUUUGGAGCUGCAGAACAUGCUGGAGGAAGAUGAGCUGAGGGACGCCGCUGUGUUGGUUCUUGCUAACAAACAGGAUUUGCCCAAUGCCAUGCCGGUCCACGAGAUGACCGAGAAGCUCGGACUGCACGCCCUGAAAGGACGAAGUUGGUACGUCCAGUCGACUUGUGCGGUAAUCGGAACAGGUUUAUAUGAAGGAUUGGACUGGAUGGUUGAUCAGAUGUCCAAACAAUAAACAUAAACCUCACGCUAUUUAUAACCUUAUGCAAAAGUAUAUACUAUGUAUAUUUGCCUUGAUCAUGAGCACUUUGAGAAGUUUAUCUUUUUUGUAAAUAUCUCUCUCUAUGUAUUUACUUUUAUUUGAGAAUAUCUUACUGUGCCUUUUAUAUUUUAGUUGAAUCAAAUGUAUCAUACCCGUCUAUGUGUAUUUCUACUGUAUGAGUGCAAUACAUU